UACUUGGCACCUGUAGGAGGAAGUUACUUGGCUGGGUGGAUCUCUCAGGUAAUCACUAUGCCAAGGUCCGUAGCAGAGGAUACAUCUCCAGGGUUACAAGGCGACGGGAGCAGUGAUGGCGGAGUGCGAGCGAUGGCUCUUCUCUCUCGUGAUGUUUUUGGCUGUGAUGUGCUGUGGAUGUGACUCACAGGCGUCUCAGCAGUUGCAGGUCAUUCAGGACAGUUUGCAGAAGCUUCAGCAAUCCAUUGGAGAUGCUACAAUAAUAAAAUCGGCGAGUCCAGAAGUCAAGAAGCAGAUCACCAGUCAGUUCCAAUCCCUGCUAGAAAUUCUGCUUCGAGUCAAUGCUGCGGGAACACAAAAGGAGAGCCAACAGGCGGCAGUUGAAAUCUUGAACCAUCCAACCAUCCAACAAAUCCUAAUUUCAACGGAACUUGUUGAUUUCCAAAACAUCAACGGGUCGUCGCUGUU